GCGCGGCUAGAGAGACUUCCGCGACGCUCUGGGCUGGGAAUGAGCAUAGAGUCGAAUGGGCUCGAAGAGGAAGGACGGGGGGCGGGGCGAAGUGCCUCACAGUCUUCUUUGUGUCUCGACCCAGCUCGGGAGCCAACUAGUGACAGUGACUGAGUAGCGGUUACGCUGGGCAACCGAGAGGCGGGCUGAAGGGGCAAGGAGAAGGGGUGUUAACCUUCAUAGGGUUGGGCCUGGGAAGAGGAAAGCCCCGGUCCCCGGAGAAGGAGAAGAGACGGGAUCGCGGGGGCAGGCUCCCACAGAACUAGAAUGAGGAGAGUGGGUCUCACUUUCGGCCCCCAAGGAGCAGCAAACAGAGCCACGGGAGAACUGGCUGCUGGGGCUUACCCUGCAGCCGAGGAGGUUAAACAAGUCUGGGCCGGACGGGUCUGGACUGGGGCCGAGCGCCACCCCCGGGGUUGCUGGGCAGCGCCGAGACUCGUUGAGCACAGAACGGAGACACUGCGAGAACUUAACGCGCUUGGAUACCGUUCCCGCGUGUCGCCGACCCCGGACACUAGCGCUUGCCCCUCGACCAUCACCCUUAGUGAACUGCACAAUCACCAUCACCUUGAGGAUGAACCGUUGGAUCCGAGGCGCACGUUUGAUGAGGGCCCUGAGACAGCUCUUCCACCAUAUCUUAGUCUAAUAAAUACUUUUUUCAAGCCAGAGAAGCUAACAAAGGCUGAAAUGAAGUUUAAAGAAAAGGCAAUGGUGGAAGUGGUGGACCUGAACAAUCAAAUAGAACAAGCUCAAAUCCAGCAGGAACAGCUACAGAAGGAAAGCAGGCAGCUAUGCACUGAAAAGUUACUUGUCCAGGCUGAACACAAAUUCAUUCUGGAAUACCUGACCAACAAGACUGAGGAGUACAGAAAGCAGCCCAUUAAGAUGUGGAACAACUAUGUACAAAAAAGUGAGGAGAUUGAACUACGGAGGCAGGAGGCAACCUCAAGAUAUGGGAAACAAACUUCAGUGCUUAAAGCAGAGCUCUUGCAGAAGGAAAAGACCCAAAGCCUUCUGAAACACCAGCUGAAGGCAAUGAAGGACAUUUUAAUAUUAAAGGAAAAACAGGAGAUAGAAAUGCUGGCAUUGCAGGAGGAGAAAAGGAAAGUCCAAGAUGAGACAGCUGCAAAGACACAGGAAGUACAGGUCCAGAUCCUCCAGGAAAAAGCACUACUGGAGAAACAACUGAGUGAGCCAGACAUAAGCCAGUUGGGAAAGAGAAAAAGAAGAGAGCUUAAAAGGAAGAACCAGGCCUUGGAGUUGGCAGCAAAGCAGUAUACUCUUGAGUUCUACCGUGGCAUCAACAGAGAGAACCAACAGUUACAGAAGGAUCUACAGGAGCUAAUUCAGCAAUCCCAGGAGUUGGUGGCUUGUCAAAGCCAAUUAAAAAACAGGAAACAGCAACUGCAGCAAGAACAGUGGUACCUGGAGGGCUUAAUCCGGGGAAGGCAACGAAUGCAAGGAAGGUAUAAUUGGUGCCUAAAAGGACAGGAUGCUCCAAAGACCACACUGACCCCUCCUCUAGGCACCAAAUCAAGGAUUAAUCCCAAAUAAUUCCUAAAGUAACACUGAUUAAAUAAGCGCUGGAGCAGGUACUCUUAGGUGCUACAUAAACCCAGUUAAGAAGCUUUUUGGAUCUAAUUGCUAUGGCAAGAUGUCUAUCAUGAUGUGUAGGUGUGAAGGAUUGGGUGCUUUUUUUCAGCAGUACUGCUUCAUAUUUGUGACUGGCUUCCCUUAACCCUUCCUCUAAGUAGCUCUUGUUAAUAAACAGGAUGUUCCACAAACCUCCACAGUUAUGAUCCUAAUACCCAGCCGCUUACCAAACACCCUGUACUUCAAACUCACUCAAGAUCAACUUGAGGUGAGAAGAAAAGUUGUGAUUUAUUUCAUCUACCUUAGAUUUGUUAAUAGAGAAAGCACCUUUAAGGAUAGUGUUUCAGAUUUCAUAUAGUGCUUUCAGCUCUGUAAAUAACCCGGUAUCAGUUUAUCCUCAUUCCUUUUGACCAACUCAGCACACAAAGGCAAAGGCAAAAAGUGUUUUUAAGCCUUUUUUUGUUUGUUUAUGCCAGUGACCGGUAGAUGCUUCUGUGGUUUUUUCCAUGAAGCAAAAAGUACUCAACAGCAAGUCCACUAAGUGCUAGGUCUAAUGCUAACCCCACCUCCCCAGUUUUAGCUUCGAAUAAAUUGAGAAACUAAGAGAGGAGGAAGGGGACAUACAUUAGGUCAACAGUUGUUUUGGAAAUGUUUUCCAUGAGGAAACACCUACGGCAUCAAUGACAUGACUGGAUGCCUCUGCUUGUUUAAGAAAAUGUAUCAAAAGAAAGUUUUAAGAUGUUUGGGCAAUUUUUAAGUCUUGUGCCAUCUGUUGUUAUCCCGUUUCCAUAGCAGCACUCUAAAUUCUAUGACAAGUAAAAUUAGUUAAUAUUAAUUGGGUUUAGAUCAUUUAUUCUAUUUUCUCACUACACGUACACUUUGUAGUACAUGAAAUCCCUUUUAUAAUCAAUGUGUGCCAUAUAUUUAUGUCCAUUUUAUACAACUGGGAAUAAUUUUACUAAAUUAGUAUAGAUUUUAACAUAGUUGUAUUUUUUGCAUUUAUGACAUAUUUAUAUUUAAACCUGUGAUUUACUUAAAUGCUGAAUUCUAGUUCAGGAAUAUAACCCCUUCUUUUAACAUUGCUCUUCUAUGGAAAAUAUAAACAACUUAUGUUUUUCAAAAACUGUUAAUGAAACAUUCCAAAAUAAUUUUCCUGAAUUGUUUUAUUCAUGCAUAAAAUGAAUGCAUUUAAAAUUGGAUUUUUAAAAAAAGGAUCCUCCCUUGAAGUGCCUCUUACUUCUAGCUUUAAUAGUUUUUGUUAAAUAUGUAGAAUUUUUUAUUAAAUAAAGAUCUACUUAGAAUUAUAAUUUAUCUAGCUUUUUUUUUUACUAUUUUAAUAUAUUUUCUACUUUAUCACACUUCUUACCCUUUCUGCACGUCUUAUUCAUACUAGUGUGCAAAAAGUAAAACUGCAGUUUUAAUACGGAGGAGCCCUGGUGGCACAAUGGUUAAGAGCUUGGCUGCUAACCAAAAAGUUGGCCGUUUGAGUUCACCAGCUGCUCCUUAGAAGCCCUAUGAGACACUUCUGUUCUGUCCUGUAGGGUCCCUAUGAGUUGCAAUCAACUUGAUAGCAAUGGAUUUGGUUUGGUUUUGGUUUAAUACAGAAAUUAGGACUUCAAAUAUCAUGCAGGUACCUUAACCAUAUACUUAUUCAUGAGCUACAGGUACAGGAAGACUGAAUUUGAAAAGCAUGAUAUCCAAAGCAAGUUUGAGCCCCUAUUCUCUGUGAAUGCAAAAGCCCUAAGAAAACAUAUACCGCACCUAAGGCUGACCAGGAGUCACAAAGGAGGUACCUUAGACUCUUUUCCUUCUGCUGUUAAUCCCCCUCCUGCAGUUGCCGUCCCAAUUUUCUCUUUCAGGAGUGGGUAUCUUCCAUCUGAUCUGUUUAUUUUUACUUCCUAUCAUCCCAGUUGAAGGAGCCCUGGUGGCACAGUGUAUAAAGCACUCAGCUGCUAAAAGGUCGGCAGUUUGAACCCACCAGCUGCUCUGCAGGACAAAGAUGUUCCAUAGAUUACAGCCUUAGAAACCCGAUGAGGCAGUUCUACUCCAUCCUAUAAGGUCACCAGGAGUUGGAAUCGAUUCAACGGCAGUGUUUUGGUUUUUGGGGUUUUUUUUUUUUGUAUCACUCCAGUUAAAUGAUGUGGUGGAUUGCUUGUGGUUUCUCCUUUCAGAGUGAAUAAAGGCGUAAAGAUUUUAAAGGGCGAAUCAUAUCUGAAAUCCACACCCUCAACUUAGUAGGGGGCCAACUCAUUUCAAUCUAUUUUUUGUCUGCUUUGCUAUGAAGAAAAUUAAACAGAGUGAUGUUACAGAAAGUGACUUUAAACAGCAAAGAUUUCUAAGGUGAAAUGUUGGCUGAGACCUGAAUAAGCUGAAGCCCACAGUGCAAAAAACCAGAAGAAACUGUUCCAGGCACAACGGUGAAUGCAAAGGCUCUAAGAAGGUGGGAAUAAGCUUGAUAUGUUCAAUGAACAAAGGUCUGUGUGGCUGAAGUGCAGGUGGGGAAUGGGUAGUGGGGCAGGAAGCUAGUAAGGUUAGCAGGAAGGCCUGAUUGGCCACUGUAAAGGGUUUGAAUUCUAUUCUACAAGCAGUGGGAAACCAAUAGGCUUUUACAAUGAAUGAGGUCUGAAUUACAUUUUUAAAAACACUCUUGCCACCCUAUGGAGAAUGUGCCCAAGUCAGUAAAAAGUAGAAACAAGGACAUCAAUCAGGAAGCUAUUGUAGCCUAGACAAGAGGGAAAGAUGGUCUGGAUUACCAUGGUAGAAAUAGAAAAACAAAUUAGGGAUUUUUUUGGUGGUAGACAAGACUUGCUAAUGAAUUCACUUUGAGAAACUAAAAAAAGAAAGAUCAAGGAAAACUAUGUUUAUGGCCCCAGCAUCUGAACAGUGGUGCUGAAGGGGAGAAGACAUGGGGAAACAGACCACAGGGUGAGGGAAAUUAAAGGUUAAGAUGAAGCAGAAGUAAAAUUUAUAGUGUUCCGUUUUAAGAAGAUGAGCAGAAUGUAUUUUUCCUUGAUGUGUAUGUGAACUGCUUUUUAAAAUAUUUCAGGCAUACAAAAAUAUAGAAAACCAUAACUCAUUAUCUACCUUAAUAAUUACAACUUUGAGGGACAGAGUUGCAUGGGUGGGGGUCUGGGGACCAUGGUUUCAGGGAACAUCUAGGUCAACUGGCACAACGACAUUUAUUAAGAAAAUGUUCUGCAUCCCAUUUUGGUGGGUGGUGUCUGGGGUCUUGAAAGCAGCCAUUUGAGAUACAUUAAUUGGUCCCAACCCACCUGGAGCAAAGGAGAAUGAAAAACACCAGAGACACAAGAAAAAAAUAGAAGCCUAAGAGACAGACAGGGCCACAUAAACCAGAGACACCAUCAGCCUGAGACCAGAAGAACCAGAUAGUGCCUGGCUACCACCAAUGACGGCCCUGAGAGGGAACACAACAGUCUCUGAUGGAGCAGGAGAGAAGUGGGGUGCAGAACUCAAAUUCUAGUAAAAAGACCAGACUUAAUGCUCUGAGACUGGAGGGAACCUGGAAGACAUGGCCCCCAGACUCUCUGUUAGCCCAGAACUGAAACCAUUCCUGAAGUCAACUCUUCAGACAAAAAUUCGACUGGACUAUAAGACAUAAAAUGAUACUCAUGAAGACAGUGCUUCUUACCUCAAAUAGAUACAUGAGACUAAAGGGGCAGCUCCUGUCUGAAGGUGAGAUGAAAAGGCAAAAAGGGACAGGAGGUGGUUGAAUGGACAUGGGAAAUCCAAAGUGGAAAGGAGGAAUGUGCUGUCACAUUACAGGGAGAGCAACUAGGGUCAAAUAACAAUAUGUGUAUAAACUUUUGAAUGAGAAACUAACUUGAACUGUAAACUUUCAGUUAAAGCAUAAAAAAAACCUAUUAGACUGAAAGUAAAAAUAAAAGAAUUACAAAUUCAACUGAAAUCCCUUCUGAAUCCCAGAAGCAUUAUACUGAAUUUGAUGUUUAUCAUUCUUGUGCAUGUUUUCAGGCUUUUACUUUAUAUACAUAUAUCUGUAAACUAGUGUUUUUACAUGUUUUUAAACCUUAUAUAAAUAAUACCCUUGAUGUGUUUGACCACGUGCUUUUUCCAGACAUUAUUUUUGGGAUUUAUACAUGAUGAUACAAGAAACCCUAGUUAAUUUUAUAGCUGUAUAGUAUUCCACUGUGUGGCUGUACCAAAAUUUAUCCAUUCUCUUGAUGGACAAUUAGGUUGUGUAUUAGAGUAGGCUAAAGUGCUGUGACAGACCAAAGAACAUAUGAUGUCUCAAAUAAUAGAGAUUUCUUUCUUGUUCAUGUAACAGUCACAUAAUAGUCUAAGAUGGAUGCUCCUGGUUGGCAAGUGGUUCCUUGUCAGGGUGAUUCAGAGUCCAUUUUGUGCUCUGCCAUCCCUUAGGGCCUCCUCAUCAUCUGCAUCUAGCAGGAGGAAGGGGAAAGCAAGCAUGGACGCACACUCACUCUUUUAAAAGUUCCAGCAAAGAAGUGACACUCGCAUUCCACUGGAGAGAAGUUAGCUGGUUAUACCUUAAAAGAAAAAAUCCAUUUCCAUCAAGUCGAUUCCAACUCAUAGCAACCCUAUAGGACGGAGUAGAACUGCCCCAUAGAGUUUCCAAGGAACACCUGAUGGAUUCGAACUGCCAGACCUUUUGGUUAGCAGCCAUAGCACUUAACCAUUACGCCAACAAGGCUUCCAGGUACACCUUACCACUCGGGGAAUAAGAGCCUAGUAUUUGUCCUAUAAUUCUAUUACUUUGCAAGGUGAGAGCAUAUUCUGGUAGACAGCUAGUGGUUUCUACCACAGGGUGUUUUCAUCUCUUAUGAACUAUCCUGCAAUAAUCAUUCUUGUUUAUGUCUUCUGGUAUACCUGGGCAAGAAGAGUGUCUCUUUAUAUACCUAGGAGUAAAACUGCCGAGUCUUAGGGAAUAUAUUCAACUUUACUAGGUAUUGCCAAAUUGUUUUCAAAGUGAUUGUACCAAUUUACACUCUAAACCAUGUAUUAAAGUUCUUACUGCUCCACAGUCUAGCUAUACUUGAUACUGUCAAACUCAGUAUAUGUUAUUCUAAUGAGUUUUUUAAAAAUAAACUUAAAAACUCAAUAGAGUGAUUAGGAUUGUCCUGUCUCCUAUGGUGAUCCCUGGCCUCAGGAAGGAAAAAGAAAGGGAGCACCUGCAAGGGCCCUGAAUGAGACUGGGCAACUUUCCUAUAAUAAUUCAUUUUAAUCUCAAACAAAUUAUUCAUUUUCAUGAGCACACAGAAUCCAGGAGAUAAAGCAUUACUGAGACAACUGCAUUUAGAACUUAUUUCAAACUCAUACCUAUCCCCCAACCAUCUUCUUACCCCCAUUUACUGUGUCAGCAAGGAGUCAAGUGGCAGGCCAGAGUCAAUGAACAACUGGAAACAGCAUUCUAACGAAGAGUCAUUUAUUUCUUUUGUCAUUGCCAAACAUUCCCCGAGUCUUACUCACCAGAAAUUAACAUAGCUUCUUCAUUUCUCCUCCCUGGCAACCUUAUCUUCUGAAAAGGCUUUAAGGACACAAUUGCCAAUGAAAAUGUAGAGUGGAUAUACCAGGUACUUCACUUGUUUCAAAACUACCUAUUCUGGCAGUAUCCAAAUCAGGUUUCAAUGCUCCCUAGUUUGAAAGUGGUCUUCACAAAAGCCCACGUCUUAAAGCUAUGUGGAGAAGCGCAAAGAAGGACAGAGAGUUAAAGAAUGGUUAACAGCCUUUCAGAAUUUGAAAAGGUAGUACAUGUCCUUAUCAAGGUUAAUGGUCCCUUAUUUUUUAUGUGGCAUAUGCCACAAAAAUAGGGAAGAAUAUAUAAGAUCAAUAUUAAUGGAAAAAGGGGAAGAGAAUCCAGAAGCACGACAGGAAAGCUGCUAUAACCGAUGUUUCAGAGAAAGACAGCAUCCAAGAGAAACAGCCCAUUAGACAAAACCAGGUGGGCAUGAGGUACAGAAAAAGAAUUUUUCUUUUCAGCUCCACAUAAAUAUCUACAUCUGGUAUCAAAGUCUCAGGACAUAAAGAGGACAGAACUUCAUAGAAGGGCAAUAUUCUCAGAAAUUUCAGAGACAAGAGGAGGGCUAAAAGGAUAGAUGAGGACCUUGGGGGUUUAGACUAGCAAGUGAGGUAAAGUCCAGGGGAGAAGGAAUGUGUACCUUGCCAAUAUUAGUGUAUCACCAGGAGCACUGUGCCAAAACAUCAGGGGCAAUGUGAUAGUUCUCAAUCCCUAAGAUCAAGGGAGCAGGCUACAUGACGGCACUAACCAUAGCAACACAUGAGAUCUCAAGCCCCAGAAAAGGCGAGACAGUAUUUAUUGCUUCUUCUACUUUCUUCUUUCUAGUCAUUUUAAUGUUUACUCUUAAGCCUGCUUAUCAUGCUUGUGGUCUAGUUAGUCACUGCUACUUAGAAUAAACAAAGCAUUUCCCAGUAUAACCAGAGUAGGGCAGUUCUAACUUUUUCAAACCAAGUCCAUUUUCUUACUUUCUAUUCUAAAACCAUACUGGGUUGUUAAAACUGUAACAAAAAGCCCCCAUAAAAUUUGUUUCCCAAGGAGAUGGGGUAACCUUAUUACAUGAAUGAUAACAGUUCUAGCUUCUAGACUUACUAUAUCACAAACGCAAAAUGAUAAAUUAGUUAUGGUUUUAAAAAUUAGUUUGGAAUUGUUUUAUAAGCUAGAUGAUGGAGUGGCUACUAAAUCAAUGGAGCUUCCAAGAACAUUUUACACUCCAGGAAGGAAAGAACACCAAAAAGAUUUCUUAGUUUUAUAGAGGGCAAAAGAGGCCUAUAGUUGGCCUUAAGAGGGAGCUCUUUGGGCAAGAUAAGAGUCAGAAAAACAAGAGGACUCCAAUAAGGAAUAGCAAGAAAACCUACCGGAAAGGCGGGGGUAGGGAAAACAGGGAAAUCUACACAGAAGGAAGAAGCUGAGAAAGUCACAAACAACCGAAAAAGUACAUUUCUCUCCGCUCAGCCCCCCCAAGACUCAGUCCUCCCAGCACAGGUCCCCAUCACAGAAUCCAGGAGCUAAAGCAUUCACCCUCCCAGGAGUGCACUCACACUGCCUGCCUAUUUCCUCCCUCGUUUAUGAUGAGUAUUUGAGGGUUUUACUUUCUGGAAAUGUGCUGGCACUGGCUCCCGCUCUGGCUCCUUACAGGAGGUCGACACUACCAGUUGCUCAUUACUCUGCCUCUGAUCCUUCCCUACUCUAAGACUCAGCUCUGUCUCAGAAUGCUCAGCACCAGGCUGCUGCCGCCUUCUUAGAGACCUUCUGCUCCUGUGCUGCUGCAUCCGCUUUUCUUCUUCUUGCUGCCGCUGCUUUAUCUUCAUCAGCUUUUCAAAGCUUUUGGUUGUUGUUGGGUUUACAACAAACCAGUCCUAGAGGCAAAACAGAAAAAUCAUUCAAAGACAUAAUGGAAAGCAUAAAAAAGGGGUGUGGGAAGAAUAAAAAAGGCAUAAUUAAGACGGAACACAGUAAGGAGGAAACAAUAUGGAACCAAAACUUAGAUGUCUGUAUUUUAAGUUGGAGAAAUUCAAGAUACAAUAGUCAUUGUAAGUAAUAAAUGUGUAAGACAUGAUUCUGGAUACUUAACAUCUGACCUACAAAAUCUGCUUAGCAUUGUCUCACCCAUUUAUCUCCUUCAGUAAAAAUCACAUCAUGAGAUGUCAAACUAUGAGCCAUAAAAUAUUUUUAUUUCAUGAUAAUGUAGUAGUUAAGAGUAACAAUUUUGCAGCCAGACUGCCUGGGUGCAAAUUCCAGCUCUGUUUCUAGCUAUGUAACCAUGGGCAAAUUAACUUAACCCCUUUGAGCCUCAGUUUUAAAAAUUAAAGGGCAAGGGACAUGGACUCCAAUUAUGCCAAAAAUUAAAAAAAGAAGUCAAAUCUAUUCAUAUGAGAAGUCUUCUAGCUCUAAUAACUUAUAGGAAAUACCUGGGGUAGAAGAACACCACCACAGGGAUGCAAUCAGUAAAAUUCAGAACGUGAGUAAUUACAUGUGAAAAUUCAGUUUCUUCAACAAAUAAAUGGCAAUGGAAAAACAAAAAAAAGGAAGGGGAAACUUCUAGACCUAGACUGUCCAGUGAGGUAGCGACAAGCCACCUGUGGCUAAUGAGCUCUUGAAACAUGGCCAAUCUAAACCGAGAUAUACUUUCAAUAUAAAACACACAUCAAACUUCAGAGACUUAGUAUAGAAAAAAAAAAUGUAAACUAUCUCAAUAAUCUUUAUUGAUUACGUGUAAAACGAUGCACUGGAUAUACUGGGUUAAAUAAAACAUGUUAAAAUUAAUUUCACCUAUUUUCCUUAUGCUUUUUUGAAGUGGCUACUAAUGUGGUUACUAGAACAUUUUAAAUUACAUACAUGGCUCACGUUACGUUUCUAUCGGAUAGUGCCGCUCUAGAUUAAAACACAGUUUGUGCACCUUUUUUAGAUCCUGAUUUGAACUAGCCAACUCUGAAAAAAAUGAGACAAUCAGGGAAAUUUAAAUAAUGAUUAGAGAAUCAACUUAAUUUUUAUAGGUGUGAUGAUGGUUGUGGUUUUGUUUUUAAAAGCCCUUAUUUUUUAUAGCUAUAUACCAAAGCAUCUCAGCUGCAAUGGUAUCUGGGAUUUGCUUUAAACCAGGCUUUAAGGGAGAAGAAGUGAGUGGGCUUAUAAAAAAUACGAUUGGUCAUACACUGAUGACUGCUGAAGCUGGCUGGCAGAUACAUUAGGUUCAUUAUACUGUUCUCUCUCUUUUCGUGCAUUUCAACAUUUUCAUAAUUUCAAAAAGACAAAAAAAAAAGUAGUGUAAGAAAACGUAAGGCAGGGAGGGAAAAAAAGGAUGAAAAUGUUCGAUGACUACAUAAAAUUCGUUAAAAAAAAAAAAAAAAACCUCGUUGCCGUGGAGUCAAUUCCAACUCAUAGCAACCCUAUAGGACAGAGUAGAACUGGCCCGUUGGGUUUCCAAGAAGCACCUGGUAGAUUCAAACAGUCAACUUCUGGUUAGCAGCCGGACUCUUAACCACUAUAGCACCAGGGUUUCCAAAAAUAUAGGCAUAAAUCAUUGAAAAAACUAACUGAAAUAAAGAUCUUUGCUGACGCCAAUUUUUUUAGGAAGAAACUGGAGAGGUUAGUCAACUCUACAAAGGGCAAAUUUGAUCAGGAGAUAAUUAUCUUUCAAACACUUCCUGACACAUGAAAAGUUCACUAUAUACAAAAGAUGUGACUGCCCUCCUGAGAAAUCUGAUUCUGGAAAUGGGCUCCCAAAGCUUAAAUCAAUAAAGCAACAGAAACCAUAUUUGAUGAAACAAGUUAAAGCCCACCUGUUAAUAACUGGAGCCCUGGUGGCACAGUGUUAAACCUCAGCUGUUAACCAAAAGGUCAGCAGUUCAGAUCCACCAGCCACUUCCUGGAAAUCUUAUGCCGCAGUUCUACUUUGUCCUAUAGGGUCGCUAUGAGCCAGAAUUGACUCAACGGUAAGGGGUUUGGUUUUGGUUUGUUAAGCACUAUUAAAUUUGAGGGCAGAAAACAGCUGAAGGUGCUCACUGUAUUUUUCCCAACAUACAGUUUCUACAGCAUGAUAUUCUAAGAAACAAACAUUCUUAUUCCUUUAGCCUCUGUAAUAAAAACCCACUGCUGUCGAGUUGAUUCCAACUCACAGCAACCUUAUAGGGUAGAGUCGAACUGCCCUAUAGGAUUUCCAAGGCUGUAAUCCUUAUGGAAGCAGACCGCCACAUCUUUCUGCCACAGAGCAGCUGGUAGGUUCGAACUACCAACCUUUCCGUUAACAACCCAGAAUUUAACCACUGCACCACCAGGGCCCCUGCUUUUGUAGUAAUGGUAUUUAAUUACAUAACAAGCAAUCUUUGUUCACCUGUACUACUAAAAACUUCCCCCAGGAGAAAACUCUUGACCUCCUGAGCUUUAAAUCAUUUUUACACGGUGUUUUUUCUUAUUUUUUAAUUUUGAAAACUUACACACCUUCAGAAAAGUUGUAAUAGUUCAAUGAACACAUGUAUAUCCUUCACCUAGAUUUACCAUUAUUAAUCUUCCUUCCUUUCCUUCCUUCCUUACUUUGCUGAAUUAUGUACAAGUUAGUUGCCAACAUGAUACUUUAUCCAUAAAUACUUCAGCACAUGUAUGCCUAAGAACAAGAGCAUUCUCUUGCAUUAACUGCAAUUCAAUUAUCACACUGAUACAAUAUUAUUAGUUAGUAUACUCAGUAUUCAAAUCUUCCCAAUUGUCUCAAUAGUAUCUUUUAUGGCUGUUUUCAUGCAGUAUUUUAUACAGCAUUAAAAACAGGUUGCUGGAGGAUGUUAGGAUACUAGAAAACAUAGAAGUAUACAGAUUCCUGUAAAACAAGAAUCCCAAAGAGAGAAAUUCAAUCUGGUUCCCAAAUGCCUGAUCUAAGAGGAUUAACAGAAGAGCUCCCAGGUGCUCACACUCACAUUUCACAUUACCAAUGCUUUCACAGAAAAAUACAACCAAAUGUUUAAUGUUAGAGAUCAUUUUAACUUCAAUGUCUCUGGUAACUGCUUUAGCGUUACUCUUCUUUAAAGUCCUGUCCUACAAAAACAAGAAAAAAUCCACUCUCUUGUGGCUUACACGCAGGGUCCAGACUCAUAAAAACAUGGGAAAACAGGGCCUCACCUCGGCAUGGACAGAGUUGAUGUGAUACUUGACACCACUCUCUGACACAAAUUCUUUCUGACACAGAAGACACUUGUAUUUUCCAGCCACAAAGUUUCCCUAUUUCCAAAAGAGGAUAAAAAAAAAAAUAGAGUUUUUGGUAAAUUCAGGGAGACACACCUGGGCCAUGUGUAGAAAUAGUUAGGUCUGUAAAGAGGGGACCUACUUCAGCACAAGAAAGAAGGAAAAAGAUUCAAACAGUAAUACUUAGGUGAACCACCUUGGACAGACUAUCACCAAUAGAAACAUAUUCUAAUGGACUUCUAUGCCAAAUACUCACCCCACCCUCAACACACCUGAAGUUCUACUUUUGUUACGUAACACCAGAUUUUCCUACCUUCCUAUGUCUUUCACUUCACUGCCAGGUUCUCUUGGUUUCUUCCAAGAGACUCAGAAACUGACUCCAAGGAUUCAGAACUAGGAUUAAGAUGGCAAACUCCUAAGCGUUCCUUGACAGACUGGCUUGUAUGCCUACAACUCCCUUGUUGCCUUGAACUGAGACCUCUCUCCCCUACUGAAGCUUCAGGUUUCCAUGGUGUUCAUUUUGUGAAUGGGGUUGGGAAGUGACAGCGAUCCCCAUGGCUGAUGGGUUGUAGGAAGCGUGGGUCAACAUGGAAAAGGUUCAGUGAAGUGAAUCGCUGUUAGUCUGAUCUACUAUCCUACCUCCUAUCCCCAGAGGCCAGUACAGUUUUGAUGAGUUUAGGAGAUUUUCACCAAUCCAUGUAAGCACGUAUAAGUUGAUUCUAUAAAGUUUAACGCCCAAUAUGACAGGGCAGGCCCAAUGUGAGACAGGCUCGGGGUUAAGGAGCUAAGGCCCUGAUGGGGACUCAGAACUAAUAUAUUUUUCUACAAAUUCCUUUAACUGAUCUGACUUAUGGUUCUGUUGGCCUUCUCUGAGUUUGGAUGUGCCCUGGCAUCCCACCCAAUAACAGUCCAAUAAUCUUCGGGACGUAAAAAACUAAACAAGUCUCUGAACAUAACAGUAAACAGGACAACUAGCAGUUCACCUGAACCAAAUUCUCUUCAAUGUCAGACUAUUUUAAAGCACAUGUUAAAUAUUAGAUUCAGAACUUUACAAACCAAUGUGCAAGAGCCCAGGUGAGCUUUAAGGCCAGAUACACUACUGUAGACAGCCUCGCAACCCUGGAAAAAAAGAAGAUAUAAGGUGAAGACUAUGCCAAACAGCAUCCUUCUCUUAGCAAUUUGUGCAUUUCCACUGAUCUGGAAGAAGACCAAUAAAUAGCACCAUAAACCAAACAGAAAAAGAAAUCUACAACAUGCAAGUCACAAAAGCAAGAAGGAAAACUCUAAAAACGUAAAAGAAAAAAAAAGUGAGCAGGUAGUAGAGCUGAUUAGAAACGUUUAAGCCAUUCCCUUCCCUGGUACUUUCUCUGACACUUAGAGAAAAACAGAAUAUUAUACAGCUAGGUUUUUAAAAAAGUCUGUAUUCUGUAAGUGCAAACGUGUCUCCUAUCAAUUUUAUAGCUACUCCUCCCCAAAGUGCUACACAUACAGUUGUGGUAGAUUAAAGAUGGCUGCAAAUUCUCUGCCACUCAUCCCACCCGGAGAUGUAUUUCCUCUCCCCUUGAAUCCAAGCUAGCCCUGGGAUUGCUCUGACAAACAGAAUGCCACAACAGUGAUGAAGUGCAAUUUGUGAGUCUAGGCCAUGAGAGACCUGCAGCUUCUGCUUUCACGUGCUACAAACUCUCUCUCAGAAGUCAGCCGCCAUGUACCCUGCUGGUAGGCCAACGACCUGCUGGAAAGAGAGGCCGUGGGGAAAGUCGAGCUCCCAGCUAACUACGACCCCAUGAGUGAUCCAGCAAAUGCCAUGCAAAGCAGGAGAACUGUCCCACUAAGCCCUGAGAGAAUUACUGAUGUAGAGAAUUAUGAACAAACAAAAAAAUUAUUUUAAGCCAUGAUGGUUUGGGUGCUCUGUCACAAAACAAGAAACAACUGAAGUAAGUACAGAUACUUAAAAAAAAUUUACUGAAUAAAUGAUUGAGAAAGAACCACCUGGUUAGGACACUGGAUGCGAUGAUACUUCUUGACCUCUAACUUCCAUUUGUGUAGUACUUCCUGGCUGAAGGUAGGUAGCCCAGGGCGGGUAUACUUUAACUAUAAGACAAGAAACAAUUUAUUGGAGGACUCCAAUUCCCAAUCAAAAUACCCCAAAUAUUCAAACCCAACUCUUCAGCCCAACUAAUUCUAGAGUUCUACAAGUAUAUCCUCACGUAUAUUAAAAAAAAAAAAAAAAAAAUUUUUUUUUUAAUGUAAGACCCUCUGAGUGGAAACCCUGGUAGGGUAGUGGUUAAGUGGGUUAGCAGUUGAAAUCCGCCAGGCACUCCUUGGAAACUCUACAGGGCAGUUCUACGCUGUCCUACAGGAUCGCUAUGAGUCGGAAUCGACUUGACAGCACUGGGUUUGGUUUGGUUUCGGAAAGACCCUCUGAAGUUUCUGAUACUGAUAAGCAUAACUGUUUAUAGACUUAAAAGAGUUUGAUUUUUUAGAAAGCAUACAAGACUUUCAGAUAUAACACGUCAUCUAUACUUAAAAAAAAAACCCAAGUGAUAAAAUCUUAUACACAAUUAACUAGCAUUUUGGGGAAAAAAAAAAAGAUACAAAUAUGCCUCCAUAUAUUCACUCAAUAUAAAUAUAUUUAGAUGGGUAAAAAGUUAGAAGGCUAUAAACCAAAAUGCUCAUAGUGGUAUUCUUCCAGUAGUACAAUUCUGGGUGAUUUUAAUAUUUUUCCCUCCUUGCCUACAUUUAUAAUUUUUUUCAAUGAUGUUAUGUUAGCUUUUACAUUUUUAAAGUUCUAGAAGAAAAAAAUAAAAAUUCGAGGCAGACCCAAGACGGCGGAAUAGACAGGUGCUUCCAGCGAGCCCUCUUACAACAAAGAUGUAAAAAAACAAAUGAAAGAAGUAUACUUAUCACAAGCUAGGAGCCCUGAACAUCAAAGGCAAGCUUAGAAAACAAACUGAGGGGCAGGGGGAGGAACAGACGGUUCAGAAGCAGAGGGGAGUUAUCGGACCUGAAUCACAGGGAGCCCUCAGGCACCAAUCCCGGGAGAAGCAGCGGCAGGCUGGUACUAGCUUUCGGCUACAGUUUCCUCAGGGAAAAGCUGCCAGCUACCCAGCCUACUCACACCUCCAGAACCAGAGAAGAACGGCACUCUCAGCAAAACCUAAGUACUUGCGUAUAUUUUACUGUGCCCCAACCAGCAAGCCAGCUUCAGUGGCUGAUUUCCCUGGGCCUGAGAUAGGUCCUGUUGAGUGCCUAGAGCCAUCCUCCUACCCUUGGAGAAGGAAUAAUUUGCAACUGGGUGAAAAGAUAAUUUGCCAGCUCUACUGGUUGGGGGAGCUCAGGACAGAAGCGGCUCCUGUACAGGCAUAGAUGGUCUGUGGACUUUGAGUCCUUUCCCCUCUGUACGAACCUGUGUAAGCCUAUUUCAGGACAACAGGCCCUUGUUGGCAGACUCCAACCAUUUCAGCUGUGCAGCAGAGAGGUGGGUGUUUGAUGUUUGACAUUGCUUUGCCUAUUAAACAGGGUCCUCACCUACCCACAUCAGGGGCCUGAGGGCCGGUAGCACUACUCACGUCACCCAGCCACCCACAGCAGGGGUUCAAGGAUAACUGGUACCUCCCCGUCCUUACAACCAAAAACACUGGGUGCCCAUGGUCCGUCUGCAGUACUCACCCACCUGCACGCUCUAGGGCAGAGAGAGACGUUUCCCUCAGAGACGUGGGGGAUGAUUCUCAGCCCCCUGCUUUGUUCAGAGUGUGACUCUCUGCUGCAACCAGAUACUGGUACCUACACCAAUCACCCCUGCCCCUCUGAGAAUGCAGGACAGAGCCUGUACCACACACUUGAUGAUCAGCUACCUGGACACCUGAGCUGAAUUCAUACAAGAAAAAUGAACAGACUCCUAGACUCAUAAAGCUGACAACAGCUCUGGCCAUCUGGGGAUACGAUGUAAGAGCUCAAAACAUGAAAAUAAUCAAACUAGCUCACUCAAGCAACCCAUUUGGGCAUAUCAAAACAACACAAAGGAAGAAGCUAUGACACAGUAAGCAAACAUAAAAUAAACUAAUACAAUAACUUAUACAUGACUCAGAGACAACACUCAAUACCAAGCCAUAUAAAGAAACAGACUGUGAUCACCUCAACAAGCACUCAAAAUAAAGAAUCAAUGGAUCUUCUAGAUGAAACUGCCUUCCUGGAAUUACCAGAGGCAGAAUACAGAAUAUUAAUACACAGAAUCCUUCAAUACAUCCGGAAGGAAAUCAGGCAAUACACAGAACAAGCCAAGGAACACACAGACAAAGCAAUUGAAGAAAUUAAAAAGAUUAUUUAAUAAACUGGAAAAAUCCAUAGACAGCAACCAGAAAUUCAGAAGAUUAACAAUAAAAUUACAGAAUUAGACAACUCAAUAGAAAGGCAGAGGAGCAAAACUGAGCAAGUGGAAGGCAGAAUUUCUAAACGUGAAGAUAAAGCACUUCGCACUAAUAUAGCUGAAGAAAAAUCAGAUAAAAGAAUUUAAAAAACUGAAGAAACCUUAAGAAUCAUGUGGGACUCUAUCAAGAGUAAUAACCCAUGAGUGAUUGGAAUACAAGAACAGGGAAGGAUAAGAGAAAACUGUUGGCAGAAAACUUCCCUGAUAUCAUGAAAGAUGAGAAGAUAUCUAUCCAAGAUGCUCAUCGAACUCCACGUGAGGUAGGUUUUAAAAGGAAGUCACCAGUACGUAUUAUACUCAAACCUGCCAAAACCAAAGAUAAAGAGAGAAUUUUAAGAGUAGACAGGGAUAAACAAAAAGGCACCUACAAAGGAAAAUCAAUAAGAAUAAACCCGGAUUACUUGGCAAAAACCAUGCAGGCAAGAAGGCAAUGGGAUGACUUAUACAAAAAGUUGAAAGACACAAAUUGCCAGUCAAGAAUCAUGUAUCCAGCAAAACUGUCUAUUAAAUAUGAAGGUGAAAUAAGGACACUUCCAGAUAAACAGAACUUUAGGAAAUUUGCAAAAAACCAAACCAAAACUACAAGAAAUACUAAAGGGAGUUCUUUGGUUAGAAAAUCAAUAAUACCAGGUAUCCACCCAAGACUAGAACACUGGGCACAGCAAUCAGAAGUCAACCCAGACAGGGAAAUUACAAAAAUAAAUCAAGAUUAAAAAAAUGCUCAAAAAAGGAAAACAGCGAUAUUAUUAUGUAAAAGAAGACAACAUUAAAACAAAGAGGGACUAAGAAAUGUAGUUAUAGAUCUUCCACAUAGAGAGGAACACAAGGCAAUACAAAGAAGUAAAAGUUAGUUUAAAAUUUAGAAAAAUACAGGUAAAUAAUAAGGUAACCACGAAGUAAACAAACUACCCAACACAUCAAAAUAAAAUACAAGAAAAAAAUAGAGACUCAGCAGAAACAAACAACAACGAAUAUGAGGAAAGGACAAUAUAUAAUCUACUCAGCAUAUAAAAUUAAGUGGGAAAAAGAAACUAUCAACAACGCACAAAAAAAGACAUCAAAAUGAUAGCGCUAAAUUCUUACCUAUCAUAAUUACAGUGAAUAUAAAUGGACUAAAUUCUUAACUAUCAUAAUUACGCUGAAUGUAAAUGGACUAAAGGCAUCAAUAAAGACACAGAGAAUGGCAGAAUAAAUUCGAAAACAAUCCGUCUAUAUGCUGCCUACAAGAGACACACCUUAGACUUAGACACAAAAACAAACUAAAACUCAAAAGAUGGGGAAAAAUAUAUCAAGCAAGUAACAAUCAAAAAAAGAGCAGGAGUGGCAAUAUUGAUUUCUAACAAAAUAGACUUUCAAGUUAAAUCCAUUAUAAAGGAUAAGGAAAGACACAUAUAAUGAUUAAAAGGACAAUAUACCAAGCAGAUAUAACCAUAUUAAAUAUUUAUGCACCCAAUGACAGGGCUGCAAGAUACAUAAAACAAACUCUAUCGGCACUGAAAAGUGAGACAGAGAGUGCCACAAUAACAGUAGGAGACUUCAACACGACACUUUCGGUGAAAGACAGGACUUUCAGAAAGAAGCUCAAGUAAGACACAGAAGAUCUAAAUGCCACCAUUAACCAACUCGUCCUCAUAGCCAUAUACAGAACACUCCACCCAACAGCAGCCAAGUAUACUUUCUUUUCCAGCACACAUGGAACAUUCUCUAGAAUAGACCACAUAUUAGGUCAUAAAGCAAGCCUCAGCAGAAUCCAAAACAUCAAAAUAUUACAAAGCUCUUCUCUGACCCUAAGGCCAUAAAAGUGGAAAUCAACAGCAGAAAAAGCAGGGAAAAGAAAUCAAAUACUUGGAAACUGAACAAUACCCUGCUCAAAAAAGACUGAAUUAUAGAAGGCAUUAAGGAUGGCAUAAAGAAAUUCAUAGAUUCCAAUGAGUAUGAAAACACUUCCUAUCAGAACCUUUGGGACACAAAGAAAGCAGUGCUCAGAGGUCAAUUUAUAUCAAUAAAUGCACACAUACAAAAAGAAGAAACGGCUAAAAUCAAAGAAUUAUCCCUACAACUUGAAUGACUAGAAAAAGAGCAACAAAAGAAACCCUCAGGCACCAGAAGAAAGCAAAUAAUAAAAUUUUAGAGCAGAACUAAAUGAAAUAGAAAACAGAAAAACAAAUGAAAGAAUUAACAAAACCAAAAGCUGGUUCUUUGAAACAAUCAACAAAACUGAUAAACCACUGGCCAAACUGACAGAAGAAAAACAGGAGAGGAAGAAAAUAACCCGAAUAACAAAUGAGAUGGUCGAUAUUACAACAGACCCAACCGAAAUUCAAAGAAUCAUAUCAGAUUACUAUAAAAAAUUAUACUCUAAAAAAUUUGAAAACCAGAAGAAACGGAUGAAUUCCUAGAAACACACUACCUACCUAAACUAACACAAACAGAGGUAGAACAACUAAAUAGACCGACCCAUUACAAAAGAAUAGAUUGAAAACGUAAUCAAAAAACUCCCAACAAAAAAAGCUCUGGCCUGGAUGGCUUCACUGCAGAGUUCUACCAAACUUUCAAAGAGUUAACACCACUACUACUAAAGGUAUUUCAGAGCACAGAAAAGGACAGAAUACUCUCAAACUCAUUCUAUGAAGCCAGUAUAUCCCUGAUAGCAAAACCAGGAAAAGACACCACAAAAAAAGAAAGUUACAGACCUAUAUCCCUCAUGAACGUAGAUGCAAAAAUCCUCAACUAAAUUCCAACCAAAAGAAUUCAACAAUAUAUCAAAAAAAUAAUUCACCAUGACCAAGUGGGAUUCAUGGUUCAACAUUGGAAAAACAAUUAAUGUAAUCCAUUAUAUAAAUAAAACAAAAGACAAGAAUCACAUGAUUUUAUCAAUUGAUGCAGAAAAGGCAUUUGACAAAGUUUAACACUCAUUCAUGAUAAAAACUCUCAGCAAAAUAGGAAUAGAAGGGAAAUUCCUCAACAUAAUAAAGGACAUUUAUACAAAGCCAAUAGCCAACAUCAUCCUAAAUGGAGAGUACCUGAAAGCAUUCUCCUUGAGACUGGGAACCAGACAAGGAUGCCCAUUAUCACCACUCUUAUUCAACAUUGUGCUGGAAGUCCUAGCCAGAGCAAUUAGGCCAGAUAAAGAAAUAAAGGGCAUCCAGAUUGGGAAGGAAGAAGUAAAAGUAUCUCUGUUUGCAGAGGACAUGAUCUUAUACACAGAAAACCCUAAGGAAUCCUCAAGAAAACUACUGACACUAAUGCAAGAAUCCAACGGAUUAUCUGGAUACAAGAUAAACAUACAAAAAUCAGUUGGAUUCCUCUACACCAACAAAAAGAACACUGAAGAGGAAACCACCAAAUCAAUACCAUUUACAGUAUCCCCCAAGAAGAUAAAAUGCUUAGGAAUAAAUCUUACCACAGAUGUAAAUGACUUAUACAAAGAAAGCCACAAAAGACUUCAGCAAGAAACCAAAAGAAACCUGCUUAAGUGGAAAAGCAUACUCGCUCAUGGAUAGGAAGACUUAACAUUAUAAAAAUGUCUAUUCUACCAAAAGCAAUCUACACAUUUAAUGCAAUUCCAAUCCAAAUUCUAAAGACAUAUUUUAAUGAGAUGGAGAAACAAAUCACCAACUUCAUAUGGAAGGGAAAGAGGCCCUGGAUAAGUAAAGUAUUACUGGAAAAAAAGAACAGAGUGGGAGACCUUACUCUGAUUUUAGAACCUAUUAUACCACCACAGUAGUCAAAACAGCCUGGUACUGGUACAACAACAGAUACAUAGACCAAUGGAACAGAAUUGAGAAUCCAGAAAUAAACCCAUCCACGUAUAAGCAGCUGAUAUUUGACAAAGGCCCAAAAGCAGUUAAAUGGGGAAAAGAUGGUCUUUUUAACAAAUGGUGCUGGUGUAACUGGAUAUCCAUCUGCAAAAAACUAAAACAAGACCCAUACCUCACACCAUGGACAAAAACUAACUUAAAAUGGAUCAAAGACCUAAAUAUGAAAUCUAAAAUGAUAAAGAUCAUGGAAGAAAAAAUAGGAACAAUGCUAGGAGCCCUAAUACAUGGCAUAAACAGUACACAAAAAAUUGCUAACAAUGCAGAAGAGAAACUAGAUAACUGGGAGCUCCUAAAAAUCAAACACUUAUGUUCAUCCAAAGAUUUCGCCAAAAGAGUAAAAAGACUACCUACAGUCUGGGAAAAAGUUUUUAGCUAUGACAUUUCCAAUCAGCGUCUCAUCUCUAAAAUCUACAUGUUACUGCAAAAACUCAACUACAAAAAGACAAAUAACCCAAUGAAAAAAUGGGCAAAAGACAUGAACAGACACUUCCCUAAAGAAGACAUUCAGAUACCUAACAGAUACUUGACGAAUGCUCAGGAUCAUUAGCCAUUACCCAGCCCAGUGCCCUUGAGUCGAUUUCGACUCAUAGCAACCCUAUUAGCCAUUAGAGAAAUGCAAAUGAAAACUACAAUGAGAUUCCACCUCACUCCAAAAAGGCUGGCAGUAACCCAAAACACACAAAACAAAUGUUGGAGAGGCUGUGGAGAGAUUCAAACACUUAUACACUGCUGGUGGGAACGUGAAAUAGUACAACCACUUUGGAAAUAGAUUUGGUGCUUCCUUAAAAAGCUAGAAAUAGAAUUGCCAUACUAUCCAGCAAUCCCACUCCUUGGAAUAUAUCUUAGAGAAAUAAGAACCUUUGGACGAACAGAUAUAUGCACACCCAUAUUCACUGCAGCACUGUUUACAAUAGCAAAAAGAUGGAAGUAACCAAGGUGCCCAUCAACAGAUGAAUGGAAAAAUAAAUUAUGGUAUAUUCACACAGUGGAAUACUACACAUUGAUAAAGAACAGUGAUGAAUCUGUGAAACAUUUCAUAACAUGGAAUCUGGGAGGCAUUAUGCUGAGUGAAAUUAGUCAGUUGCAAAGGACAAAUAUUGUAUAAGACCACUAGUGUAAGAACUCGAGAAAUAGUUUAAACAGAGAAGAAAAUAUGCUUUGAUGUUUUUGAGAGGGGUUAGGGAGGGAGGUUGGGAGAGGAGUAUUCACUAAUUAGAUAGUAGAUACGAACUACUUUAGGUGACGGGAAAGACAACACACAAUACAUUCGAGGUCGGCACGACUGGACUAAACCAAAAGCAAAGAAUUUUCCUGAAUAAACUGAAUGCUCUGAAGGCCAGCGUAGCAGGAACGGGGGUUUGGGGACUAUGGUUUCAGGGGACAUCUAAGUCAACUGGCAUAACAAAAUCUAUUAGGAAAACAUUCUGCAUCCCACUUUGGAGAGUGGCGUCGGGGUCUUAAACGCUAGCAAGCAGCCAUCUAAGAUACAUCAAUUGGUCACAACCCACCUGGACAAAAAGGAGAAUGAAGAAUACCGAGCAUACAAGGUAAUUACCAGCCCAAGAGACAGAAGGGGCUACAUAAACCAGAGACUACAUCAGCCAGAGACCAGAAGAACUAGAGGGUGCCCGGCUACAACUGAUGACUGCCCUGACAAGGAACACAACAGAGAACCCCUGAUGGAGCAGGAGAGCAGUGGGAUGCAGACCCCAGAUUCUCAUAAAAUGACCAGGCUAAACAGUCUAAGACUAGAAGGACCCCAGUGGUCAUGGCCCCCCUACUUUCUGUUGGCCCAGGAUAGGAACCAUUCCCAAAGCCAACUCUUCAGACUGGGAUUGGACUGGACAAGGGGUGGAGAGGGAUGCUAGUAAAGAGUGAGCUUCUUGGAUUAGGUGGACACUUAAGACUACGUUGGCAUCUCCUGCCUGGAGGGGAGAUAAGAACGUAGAGGGGGUUAGAAGCUGGUGAAAUGGACAAGAAGAGACAGAGUGGAAGGAGGGAGCGGGCUGUCUCAUUAAGGGGAGAGCAGUUGGGAGUGGGUAGCAAGGUGUAUAUAAGUUUUUGUGUGAGAGACUAGCUUGAUUUGUAAACUUCCUCUUAAACCACAAUAAAAAUUUAAGUAAAUAAAAAUACAACCUAAAACAGGGAUGUGAAAGAAUUCUGAUAAUAGAACACAACACCUUUGCUUAGAUUACAAAAGAAUUAUUCCUAGCACAUCUUUGACACUAGUCAGUUUCUCCUUACAACUAUAUUUUCCAAAGGAGGAAUAGCACCUGCAGAGAUAGUUCUUAUCAAGUCCAUCGUGGGUAACAGCUCUACUUCUGAUGAGUGAACAAUUCUCGUCCUUCAACAACAGAAGUGUCUGAGAAGAAGCUGAUUCUCUGAGAGAAAGAAACAGAACCAAAACCCACAGUGGUAAUGUGGGAAGCAAGCAAGGCAGCCCAGAGAACCUCUGGGAAAUCUGUAAGAGAAAUCAGAGCAUGGAACUGGCUUUAUUUAUUUACUCUCCUCUGCAACUUUUACAGUGCUGGGGAAAUAAGAACAUGUAUUUAUAUAAACUAUGGUCCAUAUGGAAACCCUGGUGGCGUAGUGGUUAAGUGCUACGGCUGCUAACGGAAAGGUCGGCAGUUCAAGUCCACCAGGCGCUCCUUGGAAACUCUAUGGGGGCAGUUCUACUAAGUCCUAUAGGGUCGCUAUGAGUCGACAACAGGUUUAUGGUACAUCUACACGAUAGAGCACUAGUACUCUGCAGCUGUGGAAAAAAAUAAGGAUUAUGAGUUCAUAUGGAGUGAGUUCCAGGAUAUAUUGUCAAGUGAAAUAAAGUACAGUGCAAAAAAAAAAAAAAUCUAUAUUAAGAAAGGAGACCUCAGCAAACAACAACUAAAAAAAUAAGGUAAGGCUGUCUGCUGGCACCAAUGCAAUAAGGUAAGAAAAUAAAUAAAAGUCCUACAGAUUGGAAAGGAAGAAAUAAAACUGUCUUUCUUCACAGAUCGCAUAAUUGUCUACACAGAAUAUCUCAAAGAACCUACGGGGGAAAAAAAAGUUGCUAGAACUAAUAAGUAAGCUUAACGCAAAAAAAAAAAAACCAAACCCAUUGCCAUCAAGUCAAUUCCAACU